GUCUGUCUCAAAACUCCAGCACCAUUCCUGCAGAACUUCAGACUGCCCGGACAUCUCUGCCUGUCUCCUUGCUAGCUUCCUGCCAUAGAGAGUUCCAGCAUCACCAUGAGAGCCUGGAUCUUCUUUCUCCUCUGCCUGGCUGGCAGAGCCUUGGCCGCCCCACAACAGCAAGAAGCUCUGCCUGAUGAGACAGAGGUGGUGGAGGAAACAGUGGCUGAGGUGGCCGAGGUCCCUGUGGGAGCCAACCCCGUCCAGGUAGAAGUAGGAGAAUUUGAAGAUGGCGCCGAGGAAGCAGUAGAGGAGGUGGUAGCUGACAACCCCUGCCAGAACCAUCACUGCAAACACGGCAAGGUGUGUGAGCUGGAUGAGAGCAACACCCCCAUGUGCGUGUGCCAGGACCCCACCAGCUGCCCUGCCCCCGUCGGCGAGUUCGAGAAGGUGUGCAGCAACGACAACAAGACCUUUGAUUCCUCCUGCCACUUCUUUGCCACCAAGUGCACCCUGGAGGGCACCAAGAAGGGCCACAAGCUCCACCUGGACUACAUCGGGCCUUGCAAAUACAUUGCCCCCUGCCUGGACACCGAGCUGACCGAAUUCCCUCUGCGCAUGCGGGAUUGGCUCAAGAAUGUUCUGGUCACUUUGUACGAGAGAGAUGAGGACAAUAACCUUCUGACCGAGAAGCAGAAGCUGCGAGUGAAGAAGAUUCACGAGAAUGAGAAACGCCUGGAGGCUGGAGAUCACCCAGUGGAGCUGCUGGCCCGAGACUUCGAGAAGAACUACAACAUGUACAUCUUCCCCGUGCACUGGCAAUUCGGCCAGCUGGACCAGCACCCCAAUGACGGGUACCUGUCCCACACCGAGCUGGCUCCGCUGCGCGCUCCCCUCAUCCCCAUGGAGCACUGUACCACCCGCUUCUUCGAGGCUUGUGACCUGGACAACGACAAGUACAUUGCUCUGGACGAGUGGGCCGGCUGCUUCGGCAUCAAGGAGCAGGAUAUCAACAAAGACCUUGUCAUCUGAGCCGGCUCCCUCUUUAGCACUCCGGGAUUCUCUCUCUCUCUCUCUCUCUCUCUGAUGGUCUCCCCUCUCCCCCAUUCCCCCUCCUCUCCUCCCCUCUUCCCCUCUAAGUUUUAAAUGUUUGGAUGGUUUGGGGUUCUGCCUGGAGACAAGGUGCUAACAUAGAUGUCGACGAACACAUUAACGGUGCUAAAAAAAAAACGAAAGAAACACGGAAAUUGUAACCCAAAAUCCCGACCUUCUGAGUUGUAGGCUUUGGUUGAGGCCUACCCAGGCCCCGCCUUGCUUCUCCAUGACAAUACAUUACUACAAUCAGCUGACCGGCUUGGGUGGAGACCGCCGUGCCCAAGCCUGCCUGAAACCUACGCCCUGCCUGAAACCUACGCAUCAUCCUCUCUCUCUCUCUCUCUCUCUCUCUCUCUCUUUCUCUCUCUCUCUCCUUAAAUCUAUUCCUCACCCACUCUGGGUUCAUUUCAUUUCAGGGACUUGGUUGCUAGGCACCAUGUCUAGGUAGCCUGGGAAUUGGGUAAAAGGAAGUAACAGACACGAACACAUGAUCUAAGAAGGUUCUGGAACUAGAGAAACAGCGGUGAGAGAC